UCGAUUGACAAUUUGGACCCUCUCGUGCAAAGAGGAAUCCCUCAAUCCAUCCUUGAUGUCUUCAAUACUGUCUUCACUCUCCAGUGACUUGUCGCCCACGACAUUGGGGAUCUCAGUCGCUAUUUGCGGAUUGGUCGUUUAUCUAACCGCCCAAAUGUUCGGAUUCGGUUCGCGCAAUGAGUUCGUCGUUGAGGGGAGGACAGUCGUGAUUACGGGGGGUUCAGAGGGGAUGGGCAAGGCCGCUGCCUGCCAACUUGCGAAGAAAGGUGCAAAUGUUGUCCUGGUUGCGCGAACCGUCAGCAAGCUGCAGGCAGCUCUCGAAGAAGUCGCGAGCGCAGCAGCAGAUACCACGAAGCAACGAUUCCACUACAUCAGCGCCGAUCUUACAAACGCCGAGGAGUGCGACCGGAUUAUCACGGAGGUCACCGAGUGGAACCAGGGUCACCCACCCGAUGUGGUGUGGUGCUGUGCCGGAUUCUGCAACCCAGGUUUCUUCGUCGACACCCCGAUUCAAACGCUCCGGAGCCAGAUGGACACGGUAUACUGGACCGCCGCAAACACGGCCCACGCGACACUGCGGAAGUGGCUUUCUCCCGCCGACCCGAGUCAGCAGCAAACGCAAACGCCGGCGCCUCGACGACACCUUAUCUUCACGUGCUCCACGCUUGCCUUUGUGUCUGUCGCGGGCUACGGGCCCUACGCUCCUGCGAAAGCGGCCAUUCGCUCGCUGUCGGAUACCCUCAGCCAGGAGAUUGAACUGUACAAUGGGUCCCGCGCAUCCAAGUCCCAAGUUUCUGCGACGCCGGCCGACGUGAAGAUCCAUACUGUUUUCCCGAUGGGCAUCUUGAGCCCCGGAUUCGAGAAUGAAGAGAAACUGAAGCCCGAGCUGACGAAGCAGCUGGAGGAGGCUGAUAAGCCACAGACUCCGGAGGAGGUUGCCAAGAUCUCGAUCCAGGCUUUGGAGAGAGGAGAUUAUUUGAUCACGACGAUGUUCGUCGGCCACAUUAUGAAGGGAAGUGCGCUGGGCGUGAGUCCGCGAAACUCCGUCAUCCUCGAUACCCUGACGGGCUGGCUUAGCAAUCUGGUGUUUGUCCCGAUUAUCGCUGAUCUCAAGAGGAAGGCUUGGAACUGGGGGGUCAAGAACGGCGUUCCCUCGCCGAGCUCGAAGUAAUAUAGACCCUAUUUGUACAUUAUGAUGAACAUAUUAUACUAAGAUGUGAUGAG